AGAUUACAAAGGUUGUAUGCUUCUAAUGCUACAGCAACGCAUAUGACCUGGCAUGCUACUCAUGAAAGAAACGAGGGAGUAAUGCAACAUCCAUCUGAUGCGGAGGCAUGGAAACAUUUUGAUAGAACUUAUCCUGAUUUUGCCCAGGAAACUCGUAAUAUUCGUUUGGGUUUAUGUGCUGAUGGCUUUGCACCGCAUGGACAAUUUGGGAGGACUUAUUCAUGUUGGCCAGUGGUUGUGACUCCUUAUAACCUUCCACCAGGCAUGUGCAUGAAAAGGCCUUAUAUGUUCUUAACUCUAAUUUGUCCCGGGCCUAAGAACCCGAAGAAGAACAUAGAUGUUUUUCUACAACCUUUGAUUGAUGAGUUGAAUAAUUUAUGGGUUUGUGGUGAAAUGGCAUAUGAUAUUUCCAAAAGUGAAUAUUUUCGCAUGAAGGCUGCACUUUUGUGGACAAUUAAUGAUUUUCCAGCAUACGGGAUGCUAUCUGGGUGGAGUACUGCCGGGGUUUUCGGAUGUCCAAUAUGUAUGGAGAGCUCCAAUGCUUUUCACCUACAACACGGUCGGAAGGCAAGCUAUUUUGAUUGUCAUCGAAAGUUCUUACCACAAAAUCAUUCGUACCGUAAGGACAAAAAAUCUUUCAUUCGAGGUCGUGUGGAAAAAAAUGGUGCACCGCCAAUAUUGUCGGGGGAUGAAAUUCUUAAUCGAGUUAUGAUGUUCCCAACAGCAGUUGAGGACCCAAUUAACACUCCCCCAGGGUAUGGAGCAGAUCAUAAAUGGACAAAAAGAAGCAUUUUUUGGGAUCUUCCUUAUUGGAAAACCAAUUUGAUCCGACACAAUCUUGAUGUGAUGCACAUCGAAAAAAAUGUUUUUGAUAAUGUGUUUUUCACUGUGAUGGAUGUGAAAGGGAAGAGCAAGGAUAACAUUAACGCAAGAAAAGAUGUUGGAGUUCUUUGUGAUCGUAAGGAGAUAGCAGUUCCUUCAAAUAGUACAUGUCGUUCUAUUCCUAAAGCACUCUACACUUUAACUAAAGCACAGAAGAGGGUUAUUUGUGAGUGGAUUCACCAAUUAAGGUUUCCAGAUGGUUAUGCUUCUAAUCUUGGAAGGUGUGUUGACAUGAAUGAAUUAAAAAUAACUGGUAUGAAAAGCCAUGACUGCCAUGUGUUUAUGCAGAGGCUGAUUCCGAUUGCUUUUAGGGAAUUGCUACCAUCGUUCAUUUGGAAUCCAUUAACAGAAUUAAGCUUAUUAUUCCAGUGUAUAUGUUCUGUUGUGCUUGACAUUGGCAAACUUAUUGAUUUAGAAGAAAAGGUUGCAGUGAUUUUAUGUAACUUGGAAAAGAUUUUCCCACCGGCAUUUUUUGAUUCUAUGGAGCAUCUUGUUGUCCAUUUGCCCUAUGAGGCUAGAAUUGGAGGCCCUGUUCAAUAUAGAUGGAUGUAUCCUUUUGAGAGGUUUCUUCAAGAACUAAAAAAAACUUUAAAGAAUAAAGCACAUGUUGAGGGUUCAAUCUGUCAAGCAUAUAUUGCGCAGGAAAUCAACAUUUUCGCAGAGCAUUACUUUGAACCUCACAUAUCAUGUAGGAGGAGGAGAUUGCGACGAAAUGAUGAGGGUGUGAGUAAUGACAUUUUCCCACCUUUCUCUAUAUUCAAUUACAUUGGUCGAGCUCAAGGUCGUCCAAAGAUCAGGUGGCUAUCGGAAAAUGAGCUACAUGUAGCGCAUACGUACAUAUUGCGAAAUUGCCCGGAAGUACAGUCAUAUUACAAGAUAUUUGUCAACUAUCUACAAGGUAACCCCGCUGAUGCUAUUGAUAAGGCGAUUGACAAGCAUUUUGCAAAGUGGUUUGAAAGUUUUGUUGCAAAUGAGAUCAAUCAAGUCACGGAUCCUCUCUUGCAGAGCUUGGCUUGGGGUCCAUCUAAGAAAGUAACAACAUGGCCAGGAUAUUUUAUUAAUGGUUAUAACUUUCAUACUGUCACACAUGGCAUGGAGAAGGCCACCAUGAAUAGUGGUGUUUGUGUACAAGGGACCAAUGCUGAUGAUUCAUCUACUGAUUUCUAUGGUUUACUUGAAGAUAUAGUCCAACUUGAGUAUCAUGGUAGUCGAUGGAAUCAUGUCGUUCUUUUUGAGUGUACAUGGUUUGACCCAAUAAAUGGCACUAAAGUUCAUCCUAUAUAUAAGUUGGUUGAUAUUAAUCGGAAAAGGAUUUAUCCAAAGUAUGAUCCAUUUGUGUUGGCACAACAAGCUAUUCAAGUGAACUACAUUGACUACCCAAGUACAAAAAAGGAUAAGGUUGAUUGGUUGGCUGUGUCCAAGACUAAAGCUAGGAGAAUGGUUGAGGCAACUUGGCCAGAAAAGGAUGGAUCUGCAUAUCAAAUGGAGGAAAUUCAAUCCUUAACAGGCGUCAAUGUUAUGGAAGACAUUCUUCAUUUGUUUGACCCACAAGGCAUUCAACUUGUUGUUGACUUAUCUGAUAUAUUACAACCCAUAUCAGAGGGUGAGAGCGAGAAGGAUGAAUUGACAGAUGAUGAAGAUAAUGAACAAUCUGAUGGUGAUGAUGAUGAUGAUGAUGAUGAUGAUGUUGUUGUUGUUGUUGAUGAUGAUGAUGAUGAACAUGAUUUUUAAUACAUUAUGCACUAUGAACUUGUUUUUUAUAUAUAAACCUAUGAUUUUGUUUUCCAAAUUGGCUAUUAUACAUUUGUAUUGAAUAUAAGUUUUCUUUGUAGUUUCGCCGUAAGAAUCUAAUAUUUUCAAAUGUUUAUCGAAAUAAUUUCUUUGUAGAGAUGCAACACACUUAAAUUAACCAUUUAUAUUUACAUUUGUGCUUCUAUGUAGGUGGAUAGAUAGAUUAACUUGAAGAAUGAUGGAUCGCUCUCAAGAUUCUCGCACAACAUCAGGACGUGGUCAGUCUGGACGUCGAUCUAGUGGGCGAUCAACAUCAAGUCGUGGUGGCCGAUCUAUAUCUGGCCGGGGCCGAUGCACACUAAAUAUUCAUCAAACAUCUGCUAACACUGCAGUAGUAUCUAGUACACCUGCAGAUUUGGGAAUGCCUCCUUGUAUACAUCCAAAUAUUCAGGUAACAACGACAAUGACUCCAUUGACACCAAUUCCACAACCUUCAAUAGUUGCGCCAAUUGCACAAAGCCCUCCACAACCAUAUGUGGAGACUUCUACUCAUGCCACUGAGGACCCACCAAUAGAAAUGGAGGGGCCCUCUAAUGAGUCUGUGAGCACUGGGCCCCCUUGGGUUAUCACCCCAGAUAGUGUAAUUAUAGAUCAUGAAGUUAAGAGAACAAUCCAUGAAUUGGUCAAAGGUCACUAUAAAGAGGCAUGGACCGGAUGGGGAAAAGUGCCCAAAGAUGUGAGACAACGGAUAUUCACCGCUUUUAGGGGCAUAUACACAUGGGAUGCGCAACAUGAAUCUUCAAUCUUGCGGCAUUUAAACCAUGAAGCGAGUGAAUGGUUGAAGAAAAAUUUGUAUCUUGCACAUAAUCUUUACAAGGCUCCAUUUCCAUGGAUGGCUCCUGCAGUUUGGGAAGGUUUACAGAGGUAUUGGGAGUCAGAUGAGUUUAAGAGAAAAAGUGAAAAGAACAAAUUGAAUAGGACAGAAAGUGGAAGCUCCUCCAUUGUUAUUUACCGUGGUGGAUCUGUUAGUACUGCUGUGCAUCGCCUAAGAUUGGCGGAGGAAUUAGGUAGAGAACCCGACACUAAAAAGA